GGGGUCAGGUCUGGACGCCGAAGUGAUCCAGAUGUAUUAAAACUCCACCCACCCUCAACUUCCACGGAAAGACGGAAAGAGAAUACAAAAUGUUUCCAAGAUGUACGUCAGCUGCUUUUCAUUAAGUUUGAUGGAAUGACGCCAGUGUGCAUCUAUUCGUGGCUGCUUUGCUGAGUUUCCUCAUUACUUAUGUUACCUGGGGUUCUAUGCAUCUAUGAUUGAAACUUACACCCCCUAAUGUUAAACUGUAAAUAUUCUGAAUUCAAGAAAGUAUAACAAAAUCAGUGUCUGCAGGUCUGCACGCACUCUCUUCCCUGCACGCACUCUCUUCCCAAGCUCCUCCACAAUCAGCAGGUUUACUGUAUAUUCCUCUGCGUCCCUGCGGACCCUUCUAAGGAAGAAUUCUUAUCUCUGAUUUUGUGUAAACUUUUAGCCCGUGCGCGUUCGUGUCAAUUCCCCUUGAGGAAGCGCGUGAACUCCUCCUCCUCCUCCUCUUCAUUCUUCUCCUCUCCCUCUUCUUCUUCUUCCUCCUCCUCCUCCUCCUCCCUUCCCGUGCGUUCUGGUCCUCCUCUGCGCGCUCUGGGUCUUACCUCGGACAAACUGCGGCGGAGCGCUGGAUUACUAAAAGUUCGUCAAAUCCGUUUAGAGCGACCGGGUUUGGAGCUGGGGUGGCUCGGUGUCUCGUUUUAGUGUGCCUGGGAGUUUUAUUUUUAAUUGUUUAGUGAUUUUUGCAGUUUAAACCAUGGAGGCACUCAGAAGUCUCCUCGUUCUGCUGUGCGUUUUCCUGGCCGGAGCGCAACAGAACAAAAUAAGUUUUGCGGACUGUCCUGUUGACCUCUUCUUCGUUCUGGAUACAUCGGAGAGUGUCGCCCUCAGACAAAAACCUCCAGAGUACUACAUCAACAAGAUCAAAUCAUUCACCAACAGCUUCGUUGAUGAGCUGAAGGACAUGCGCCAUAGCUGUGACCGCAUCUUGACAUGGAACUCAGGAGCUCUGCACUACAGUGACGAUGUGAAACUUGUGCGAGAGCUGAGCAACAUGAACACCGACCGAGAAGCCCUGAAGAAGGACGUCAAUGGCAUCGAAUACAUCGGCAAGGGAACAUACACCGAUUGUGCCAUCAAGAGAGGCCUGGCUGAGCUGCUCGUCGGUGGUUCACACUACCAUGAGAACAAGUACAUUGUAGUAGUAACAGAUGGACAUCCCAUCACUGGGUACAAAGAGCCAUGUGGAGGCGUGCAGGAGGCAGCCAAUGAGGCCAAACAACAUGGAGUCAAAGUGUUCGCUGUUGCAAUCUCACCCGACCAAGAGGACACCAGGCUGUCUCUGAUCGCCACAGAUCAGGUAUACAGACAGAACUUCACGGCUGCAGAUGAUUCCAGGUCCACACACAUGGGCACCAUCAAGACCAUCAUCGAAAUCAUCACAAAUGAGACGAAAGACACGUGUUGCACCUAUGACUGCAAUGCUCCAGGAGGGCCUAAAGGACCACCAGGAGAACCUGGCUUUAAGGGAGAAUCAGGAAGACCAGGGAUGCCAGGAGAAAAAGGAGAUAUUGGUGCUGUCGGCAAUGUUGGAGAUCCUGGUCCUGUUGGUUACAGUGGAAUGAAGGGAGAUCGCGGUGGCGCAGGAAAGAAGGGUGAAAGAGGACACAAAGGUUACAAGGGUGACAAAGGUCUCAGCGGAGAUGAUGGAAUUGAUGGACGCAAGGGUGAAGCUGGUUUUGCUGGUCUCCCCGGCUGUAAAGGAUCUCCAGGAUCAGACGGUAUGCAAGGAGAGCCAGGACCAAAGGGAGACCCUGGAUCUUAUGGACUGAAAGGAGAAAAGGGAGAUCCUGGAAGAGAUGGAGGACCAGGAAGACCUGGAAACGAUGGCCCACUGGGACCUCAGGGUGAUCGCGGCCCCCGUGGAGGUGAUGGAGACAAAGGAGAGCGCGGUGAUGAUGGUGAACCAGGAACUGAUGGACUUCGUGGAGAGGCGGGAAAAAUAGGAGACAGAGGGGAGCAGGGUUCACGUGGAAACAGAGGACCAAGAGGAGAGGUGGGCGAGCCAGGACCCCGAGGAGAUCAGGGGAGGGAGGGCUCAGCUGGCCCCAACGGAGACCCUGGUGUGCCUGGUAAUGCUGGGCCUCCUGGCUACAGAGGAGAUGAAGGCCCAGCUGGACCUGAAGGACCCAAAGGACCAAGAGGAAUCAAAGGAGCUCAAGGAGACAGAGGCCCGAUUGGGGAGAGGGGAGAAGAUGGUGUAGCAGGAAACGGCACUGCAGGUUGUCCUGGUUUCCAGGGUUAUCCUGGGCCCCGUGGAGACGCUGGUGAGCCAGGCGGUAAGGGAACCCCUGGACCCAAAGGAGACGAUGGAGACGCUGGAGAUCCAGGCGAUGAUAACAGUAGUCCAGGACCUGUAGGACGUAAAGGGGCCAAAGGUCACAGGGGACCAGACGGCAGACCGGGACCUAUUGGGCCUCCUGGACCACCAGGAACUGAUGAAUGUGAAAUUCUGGAUAUCAUCAUGAAGCUCUGCUCUUGUUAUGAGUGUAAGUGUGCGACUCUGGACCUGGCAUUCGUUGUGGACAGCUCAGAGAGUAUCGGUUCCAGUAACUUCGCUCUCGCCAAAGACUUUAUCAUCACAGUCCUUGACAGACUGGUCAGAGACCAGCAAGUCAAGUUUGCACGAAACGAGUCCAGGGUGAGUGUGGUCCAGUACAGUGGAGCCCAAACGCAGGAAUACGUCGAGCUGGGCACCAACGGGACCACCCUCACUGACUUCAAACAGAACGUCAAAAAUCUGCGCUGGCUGGCUGAGGCCACUUACACUGGCGAGGCUCUUGGUUACACUCUGACACACACAGUCCAAAAGAUGCGAGAUGAAAACCGUGUCGUUAUCGUUCUGACUGAUGGACGUUCAGAUAUUAUAAGAGACAGGACUCCUCUCACUAUACUCUGUAAUAGUAACGUCCGGGUGGGCGGUGUGGGGAUAAAUGACUACACAGGACGUAUGCCCAACCAGGAGCAGCUUGAGGACUUGGUCUGUAAGACUAGUACCAAACCAGGAUUUACUUUUGUCCUGGACAACUUUGCAGAGCUGCUGGAUGAUACUUUCUUGCAGAACCUCACAGCCCAAAUCUGUCAAGAUAAGAAAACUUCUGCCCACAAAUGUCCCAUCACUUUCUCUGCCAGUGCUGAUAUUUUGAUGAUGAUGGACAGCUCAGCCAGCGUGGGCCAGAAGAACUUUGAGACUAGCAAGACCUUUGUACAGCGCCUGGCCGAGCGUUUCCUGACCGCUGAGAAGGAGAGAGGCGCGACCAUCAGGGUGGGUGUGGCACAGUACAGCCGAAGCGCCAGAAUGGAGCAGGCCUUGACCAACAACCUGACCCUGCUGCAUAACAAAGCAGGAGAAGCCACCUUCCAAAAUGAUGGUACCAACCUUUUAGAGGCAAUGGAGUUUGGGAUGAGGAACUUACGUGGCCGUGGGGAUGCAUCUGGAGGUGGGAAGAAGCUGGUGCUGUUCUCUGAUGGCAGGUCUCAGUCCCUCACUGAGGCCCUGUUGGAGAAGCGUGUUUCAGAGUUGUCAUCCGCUGGGGUGGAGGUCUUUGUCAUUGUCGUUGGCAAUCAAGUAAACGAGGCCAAUUUGCGCACAAUGGUGAGCAGGGGGCGUCCGGAUGACAUCACAUAUGCCCAUCGCCACCUGUUCCGUGUCCCAGACUACAAAUCUCUGCUCCGUGGGGUCUUCCACCAAACCGUCUCCCGCAGGGUUUCCAUGCCCUGAGUGGAGGGCUCGUGGCAACAGGACUCACACGCUUUAGAUUUCUAAUCCAAUCAUAAGUAUUCAGUCUCACUCAUUUUAAAUACACUGUGUUAGAGUUAUUUGGAGAAAAAAUAAAUGUCACAAAACGACAAAUGAUUGUGUGGCAGACAAAUGGAAAUGUCUUAAUAAAAGCAGAGUGGGACUUUUUUUUACCCUGAAUUUUGCCUUGAAGGCAGACCAUCUCAGGCAGGGGUCAUUGGGCUAAAAACAAAGUGAUGGUGCUAACAUAAACUAUUUUAGAGUUUAGAGGUUGUUAUGACAGAACACAGCUGGAAGUAAGAGCUUUCUAUAAGGCAACGCUCAGGGUAAAACAGUCCUGAAUCAAAAGAGGUAGUUUUGGUCCUGGAGAGCUGAAAGUAAUGGCCACAAAUAAAACAAAUUUCUACAUUUUUUUUAAAGGCAUGGGGCUGAUUCAUCUCAGGUAUAAUGUAACCCUGUUACACUCUGAGCUCACCUGACGUACACGUUUAAGUGAAGCUAGUCUGGGUUAAAGAGGCUCAUCAAAGCUAAACUAUGGUGUCUCUCCAGGACUGAAGCUCCUUGUGUUUGAAGUAUUUGUGUUAAGGGUUUAAUGUGGACUCAUUUGUGUAGCUCUUACCACUCUUUUAAGUGGUGUCCAGUUUGUGGUUUCUCAGUUUUACAUAAAAAAAACAAAAAACAAAACACACUAGUAAACCAGCCACAGCUGUGAAUCAAAACACAAACUCUUUGUUGCCAUACCAAAAAGAUUGUUAAGAUGAUCGCAUACAUUAUUUUAGCUUUUGUCCUAUAAAGAUAAUUCAAACCAACAGCAACACUGGCUGAAACACAAACCCAGACAUCACUUGAAAGCUCUGUUAGAUCAUUAAACCGACAGCAAAAACAGGACAUGACAUCAGUCAGACUCAAACAAACCCAUCAGAUCUUCACCUGGUACUAAUGAGGACUCACCAGCUGGACUCAACAUGUGUGCUUCUGUCUGUGUGUCUGCAUAUCUGUGUGUGUGUGUGUCAGUGUGUGUGUGGAGGUGUCAACACGUCUGUGUACAUCACAUGUAUACGAGUGUGUGUGGAGGUGAUUUUUAAUGUUUGGCCUUGGGCGACGUUUCCAUAAACAGUUGUGCCGAGGUCACUGGUUCAAAUGACAGAAUGACAGAAACCUGUUCUUUAAUGUCUGUGCAGGGAGAGGCCACACACACACACACACACACACACACACACACACACACACACACACACACACACCCCUUCGUACCUCUUUAGUGAGGUAAGAAAACAGCGGCCCCAGCUGAUGGCUGCAAAAGAAACCUAUUGCAACUGAUGGAGUGAUACCCGGCCUCACACACGCAGAAAACACACAAACGCCUUUAGAUGCCACCAGUUUUAAUUUCCACUCCUUCAGUUUUGUUUUCAUCAGUGUCCCAGAGUCACUGUAAUGUUGUUAUAUUCUGUGGUGCUAUAAAUGUCAGUGUAUCAGCCUCUACCCAUGUUUUAAAGAAGAUAUUUUUACCUGAGAGUUACAGCCUCAGUCGUGUUGUAAGAGCUCCUCCAAUAAAGGUUGCUACACCAA